UAUAAACAUAUUAUGUAACAGACAUACUGCUACACUGCUACAGACUGUCUUCUUUUUUAAGUCUGUCUAAACUUUAUGGGGUGUUGUUUCUUAUUAGAUGCAGUCACGUUUCGUAGUUUUUUAACUGAUUUCGAAAAAAAUUUUGUUGCAAUCACAAAUACUUUCGUGUAUUUCGACUAAAUUAGUGUAUACAAGUUCUAUUCUAAUGUCGCAAACAAGUGAAAUAGCGAUACUGUGCAGGGUACUUUGGAAGAGUGAUGUCAAAACAAAUAAUUCGGAGUCGAAGAUAAAUCCAUGGGAUAUUAAAAAACCUGGAUGAUUAUAUUUAUGCAAAUCUACAUAACUGUGAUCAAGGUGAAAAAGAAAGAAAAGUGGUUAGAAAAUAUAAUCUGGCUGAAUGUAGACUGUGGUCCUGCUGUCAUAUAGAACUUACUAUACCAUCUGAAGUUUUUUCCAUGGCACAGUUUCCUUUGCUUCCUUUUAUUUUUUAUUGCAAUAACAAGGACACAAAUGCAACAUACACUAUAUACAAUUAUAUAACAUAAACGUGGAUGUUAAUUUGUCGGACGCAACAUUUAAAAAAAUGGAUCUUUUAUCUAUUAUUCUCUUAGUAAUCUUAUUAAUCAUAGUGGCUUAUCACCUGUUCUACCUGAUAUGUCCUUGGUUCUUAAAUUGUGAUAUAAAUCUUGCUUUCCACAAUUUAUUUGGAAAACGUAUACGCUCUUUGAAAGGGAAAGUAGUAUGGAUAACAGGAGCAUCUAGUGGAAUCGGAGAAAAUCUUGCUUACAUCUUAGCAGAUGUUGGCUGUAAAUUAGUUCUAUCUGCUCGAAGGAAAGAAGAACUAGAUAGAGUGAAGGCCAGCUGCCUUCAAAGAAACAAGAAACUGAACGAUUUGGAUGUUGAAGUACUUCCUAUGGAUGUUUGUGAUAUAAAUAGUCAUGAAGCAGCAUUUAAUCGGGUCAUUGAGAAAUUCAACAGGCUGGACAUACUUGUAAACAAUGCGGGUCGUUAUCAACUUGGACGUUGGGAGCAAAUCGAUAUUUCCGUCGACAAAGGCAUGUUCGAGUUAAACGUGUUCGCGCAAGUAGCCUUAACUAGAGUGGUGGUAAAAUACUUUACCCAGAUGGGUACAGGCCACAUUGUAGUUACUUCGAGCCUCGGCGGCGUCGUGGCAAUGCCGUUUUCUGGGUCAUAUUCGGGAUCUAAAUUUGCAUUGCAGGGAUAUUUCUACAGCUUUUGGUAUGAAAAACUGGGUCAAAAUAUACCGGUCACAAUUGUAUGCCCAGGAGCGGUACACACUAAUUUCUUGAUGGCAUCGUACACAGAAAAAUCUGGAGAGACAUACGGGGAUAAGGAGAAAGACAAAUCCCCGAAUAGACUCAACGCGGAACGUUGCGCUAAACUGAUUGGCGUUGCGAUAGCAAACAAACUUUUCGAAGUGUGGAUCGCCAAACCACUCGUGCUUCAAAUGCUGUACAUGAAAAUUUAUUAUCCAAACCUAACUUUAUGGUCUGUUAAAAUGUUGGGACCAAGGUUUUUACAGUAUAUACAAGGUUACGCGGGAGUCCCUGCACGAGAACCAUGAAUAUUUUAUAUUUAUUUUAUAAGUUUUUAUACUUUAUCAUUUUAUAUUGGUUUUAACUGUUUCCUGGAAAGCUAUGUAUACAUAUAAAAAACAAAAAGUAGUACAUGUAAAUAUAUCCAAUAUUGGUGUACGGUGUUGGUUAUGUGGCGCUAAUAAUAGGAUUAAAAUUUACUUCCGUUUGUGAAUGAAAACAUGGUGCAAUUUAUAAAGGGAAAAGAACCAAUAAACUACACGAAAAAGUCUUUGUGGAAACCCCGUGUAUAAGCAUAAUGUUCGAAGGCCAAAGAUUCCUAUUCCUUUUAAGAUGAUGUCCAAUGGCGUCUUUCAAGAAGGGGAGAACGCGUUAUAUUGUUGCAUUUAGAUUUUAUUAUAUAAUAUUAUGCCGUAUUUCAGUUACAUAAUUUUAAGUGUUUAAUAACCUAACAGUCAUAUACGCGUACACGUACCUAAGGAACAUACUUGGUACGUGUACACCUAUACGCGUAUGCGUAUGCAUACACGUGUGCGCAUACUGGUGCGUGUUUUACGUUUACAAUCGACUUUUAUUAUCGAUAUACAAAUAAUGGAAGACAUGACAGCACCUAGAAGUGCUCUUCUUCGAAAAGACGUUCUCUUACCUAAAAUCAUUCGUAAAUCUUAGUUUUCAUCGAGUCAAAUUAUUUCUUUUUUUUUUUCUUUUUUUUUCAUUAUUGGUUUCGAUAGCCUCUUCGCGUUUUAACUUUCACCGCGUUGACUGCGGCGAUCGAAGCGUUGCAGCCUUAAAUCGCAGAUUCAUAAACGGUAUACUAAUUAUUGUAUUAGGUAAACAAACGUCGAGAUGCAUAGUAAUAGAAUAUU